GCAACGCAGUACCCGCGAUUCCAAUAAGGGAACUUAAGUUUAAGACUUACUUGGGUUAAGAAGACGACUUCAUCAUGGUUGAGUGGACAGAUGCUGAGCGCAGUGCCAUUGUUGGCCUGUGGGGAAAAGUCAAUGUCGAAGAAAUCGGACCACAGGCGUUGGCCAGGCUUCUGAUCGUAUCUCCAUGGACUCAGAGACAUUUCAGUUCUUUUGGCAACCUCUCCAGCCCCGCUGCCAUUAUGGGUAACCCCAAAGUGGCUGCUCACGGUAAAGUCGUGAUGCAUGGACUGGACAGAGCUGUGGCGAAUUUGGACGACAUCAAGAACGCCUACCGGGAGCUUAGCAUAAUGCACUCUGAGAAACUGCAUGUGGAUCCCGAUAACUUCAGGCUUCUUGGUGACUGCAUUACCGUGUGCCUGGCCAUGAAGUUCGGGCCCUCUGGUUUCAACGCCGAUGUGCAGGAGGCUUUUCAAAAGUUCCUGUCUGUCGUUGUUUCUGCCCUCGGCAGACAGUACCACUAAACCGUCACAGAACAGAGAGAUACACAUGUAUAUCUCUGCUAUGAGGCAAAGCUGUGUCUAAACAUUCGGCGAAAUAAAACAAUUUUACAGCACA